AUUUGCCAUCUCUUAGACGUGUCUUCGAAAGUUCGCGCUUUUGACAUGAAGCUCAAAGAAAUUCAGCGAACGGCGACGUUCGCAUGGUCCCCAAGCUCAAGGCCAACCACUUUGAUCGUCACUGGAACAGUUGCUGGUGCACUCGACGCGUCAUUCAGUAACGAAAGUCAACUCGAAAUAUGGGAUCCUGAUUUUAUGAACAAGAGUGAAGCGGGUCUUGGAGGCGCCGGACAGCGCGGUCCCAUUGUAUCAGUGACAACCGGCUCAAGAUUCAAUCGACUUGUCUGGGGGGCGGUUGGUACGAGCCGGCCUCGUGGCGUUAUUGCUGCGGGGAUGGAGAACGGGGAGGUAAAUAUAUGGGACCCUGAAAAGAUUGUUUCGAAUGCAGAACCCUCUGAAUACCUCAUAUCUCGCAACACCGAGCAUACUUCAUCAGUGCGAGCGCUCGAUUUCAACCCACUACAAUCGCAUCUUCUGUCGUCCGGCGGUGGGAAUGCGGAAAUCUAUGUGUGGGACCUGGAAAACCCUAAUAAACCCUACACACCGGGUGCGAAGAGCUCUAAACUGGAUGAGAUUACAUCGUUGGCAUGGAAUCAUCAGGUUGCUCAUGUCCUUGCUACUUCGAGUACCUCUGGCUACACGGUUGUCUGGGACUUGCGGGGCAAAAGAGAAGUCACUGCCCUGCAGUAUGGUGGGGGCGCAGGGACUACGGGGGGGAGCACGGUUUAUCAAGGCGGAGGUGUGCUUGCAUUAGGUAACAGACGAGGGAUGAGCGCUAUUGCGUGGCAUCCUGACAAUGCCACUCGCUUGAUCACUGCCUCUGAAGAUGAUAGCUCCCCAAUCAUCAUGGUUUGGGAUUUGAGGAAUUCUCGUGCCCCCGAAAAGAUCUUGACUGGUCACGAGAAAGGGGUGCUGUCGCUCGCAUGGUGCAAGCAAGACCCCGAUCUUUUACUCUCUUGUGGAAAGGACAACCGAGCACUGAUUUGGAACCCCCAGACGUCAGAAACCAUCGGAGAGCUACCUGCUGCAAGCAAUUGGGCCUUCCAGGUCGAAUGGUCCCCACGAAAUCCCGAUAUGUUCGCUUCUGCGUUCUUCGAUGGUACCAUCGGAAUUCACUCCUUACAGACAACCAAUGAACCUUCUGACGUCACUCCCGUCCAUGGCACUGUUUCCUCGAGUGGUGCGGACUUGUUCGACCAACCUUCGAGUGCUACAAGUCAGGCCCCUUUAUCUCUUCGGCAGCCCCCCAAAUGGCUGAGACGACCAAGCUCAGGCUCUUUCGGGUUUGGAGGGAAAUUAGUGACUGUCAGCAACCUUCCUUCAGCGCAAGGAGCGAAUCAAAGCCGGGUAGUUCACCUUCGUACUGUUGCUACCGAGCCGAGCAUUGUUGAGAGUGUCAAUGCCUUGAAAGAUGCCGAAAAGUGCCAGACGUUGAAAGAAUUCGCCGCGCUCAAGAGCUCAAAAGCUCAUGUUAACGCGAGCGAUGUGGAGGCAGCGAGCUGGAAAGCACUCUCCAGUCUUUUCAGCGCGGAUUCCCGUGAUGAGCUUGUGACCCUUCUGGGAUUUUCCAAAGCGGAAGUCGCAACGCAAGUCGCUGAGGCCUCUAAGACACUAAAAGCCGGCCCUCCCCGAUCACGACCACUUCCCCGCGUUGUUGACGGGGAUUCAAGCCUCAGUGUCACUGAAGGGCGAACCUACGUGUCGUUUGCUGAACCAGAGAAGGAAGUUCAGAACGGGGAACGAGAAUCCGAGGACACUGAGGCCGGGUCCGAAGGUCGUCAUUCGUCUGGAGCCCCCGAGGCAACUCCUUCCGAAGUGAGCGGUAGCGCUAUGUCUGAUUUCACCAAAGCAACAGAACCGGAGUCCACUGCCACAGAACCAAGCCUGUUUGGCGAUGACGUGGCGGUUGGGACGCCUCAAACAGAAGCUGCUGCUGACUUUUUCAGUUCUAUGGGAACCAUCCGUAAUGCGGUGCCCGAAAGGGUAUUGGUUCCUCAUCACAGUUACGCCGCUGACUCCUCUGUAGCAGCAACCAUUGGCUCCCGAGCAUCAUCUGUCAUUUCCGAACCCUUGAGGGGCCAAACUUUCAAGAUCUAUCCCACGGAUGAGUUGGACACUGAUCGGCUUAUUACCAAAUCACUCGUACUAGGCGAUUUUGAGUCUGCAGUCACUCUGUGUUUGUCGGCCGACCGUUUUGCCGAUGCUAUCCUGCUGGCCGCCCGUGGCGGACCGGAUUUACUGCAGCGAACACAGACGACGUACUUCGAGCGUCACACAACCGCACUCCCUUAUCUCCGACUUUUCCAGUCUGUGGUCACGAAUGAUCUAGCGGACGUUGUGCAAAACGCAGAUCUCAGCGAAUGGAAAGAAAUCUUUGUCGUGGUUUGUACGUUUGCUAGGGCGGAGGAAUUUGCAAGUCUAGCAGAGCAGCUUGGCCAAAGACUUGAAUUCCAAAGUCAGUUGCUGAAGUCCUCGGAAGGCGGGGAACUAGCACACAAAUCGCGUGAGCUGCGGAAAAAUGCUGUUUUGUGCUACUUGGUGGCUGGAAAGUUAGACAAACUUGCCAACAUCUGGGUGGAGGAAUUAAGUGAAGAAGAGUCCCAAUUGAAUAGCGAUGCAGCUUCCACCUCCUCCCGAUACGCUAAUCAUGCCAGAGCUUUGCAAUCAUUUAUCGAGAAAGUUGCCGUUUUCAGGGGCGCGACCAAGUUUGUCGACGUCGAUCUCAAUAUUUCACCCGUUGAUAGUGAUGAGGUUCAGCGGACUUACAAACUGUCGGAACUGUACAAUCGGUAUUACGAAUACGCCGAUCUCUUGGCUGCUCAAGGACUCCUGGGUGAUGCGGUGAAGUACAUCAAACUGACCCCUGUGGACUACAAAGGACCGUCUGGGUCUCAGGUUGAUUUUGAAAUUGCUCGAGAUCAACUCUUACGUUCGGUGGAACCUUCCACGCCCGCGGCGCCAAAACCAAUAUCCCAAGCAUCUAUACAUGCUCCCGCGUUGACCGCGAAUGCGACCCCAUCCUCGUCAUAUUCCCCGUACAGUGUUCCACCUGCUGCGUCCACGCUGGCAAAUGGGCCAUAUCAACCUAGCCAAAUUCCUCCAUUUGCGUCGAACAUACCAUAUGGUUCUCAGUUCCUCGGUCCUCAAGCUGCCGGGCCCAGUGCCUCCGCAGACCUUACAUCCAUUAUUCCACCUCCCCCAGUGCCUAUCACAUCCUCGGGUGGAACUCAGUCCAGCAUAGCACCGCCUCCGCCUAAGAAAGACAUUGGUGGCUGGAAUGACGCACCGGCUUUCGAGCCUCCUGCACGCAAACUCCCUCCGUCCACUGUGCCAAGCAAAACGCCAGCUUCCAUAGCGUCUCCUUUCCCCAACUCUUCUCCGUAUUCUGGACCGGGUAGUCCAUCCACACCCCCACCCCCAUUCCGCGGGCCCGGAGCUCCCCGUGGGCAAACGCCACCCCCACCACCUCGCGCGGGCAGUAACCAAGGAUCACGCGCACCACCGCCACCGCCUGCUUCACAACCUGCGUUUGCCCCCCCUCCACCCCGUAGCUCAGCGUUCCAAGGUGCUCCCCCUCGCCCCGGAUCUGCAGGACCAAGUGACUACCCGCCGCGAAUAAUGUCCCCACUCAACCCGGCGACAACAGCUGGAAACACACGGCCUCCAGCCCCACGACGAAGCCCUUAUGGCCCUCCUGCCGGACAGCCUGCCCCGGUGGCCUAUCAGCAGCAAACAGCACGAGCUGUUCCUCCCCCGGGUCAAUAUGCUCCACCUGUUGUCUCAGGGCCUCCCCCAAGCGGGUUUGGCCGGGGGACUCCACCUCCUGCCGCAGUGCCAGCAAACUAUGGUCCGCCGCCGUCUGGACCAGGUUCGAGAUUGCCCCCGCCUCCAACUGCUGGUGCACCUCCGACCGCAAGCCCUCCAACCGGGUUGAGGCAGGCUCCGCCGCCUGCAGGUAACGUUGCAUCUCCCACGCCUGCGCCUGCGCCUCCACCUGCGCGAGCAGCUCCACCUCCGCCCAAGUACCCCCCCGGUGACCGGUCCCACAUACCAGUAUCUGACAAGCCGAUUCUCGAAUACUUGAGCGGCGAAAUCGCCAGACUGAAGCAGACGACCCCGCCCCAGCAAAAGCGGGUGGCGGACGAUACAGAACGUCGAGUGAAUGCCUUGUUCGAGGCUCUGAAUGCACAAACGCUUUCCAGGCCUGUGGUUGACCAGCUCGCCUCACUUGUUCAGAGUAUGCAAGCUAGGGACCAGCACCGUGCCCUCGCCCAACAUGUCGAUCUCCUUACCUCUGGCUCACGUACAGACGAUAUUGCUCUGUGGAUGUCUGGUGUGAAACAGUUGAUUAUUCGACUAUGAGUAUUUGCGUUCAUGCACGACCGCCGCCCAUUGAUCAAUGUAAUCACACUCAUAA